AUGCUGCAGCCACUACACGAGCACCUGCUCUUCUUCUCCUCGCCUCUCACCAAGCCUGAGGACUCCGUCCUGCCGUCCUCUGCAGCAGCAGCUGCCGCCCAGGAGGCCCAGUCCUUCCGCUACGCACCCCUCCCAAGCCCCUCGCCCUCUGCCGCUGCUGCCUCUUCUUCCUCCUCUUCGUCCCCUUCUUCUUCUUCUUCUGCUGCUGCUGCCGCCAUUGCAUCGUCCAUUUCUCCCACGCUCACCAUACCACGGCAAACACAAGGCUCCACCACCCCCCUCUCCACCACCACCACUCCUGCUUCUUCUUCCGCUGCUGCUGCUGCGGCUGCCGCCGGGGGUUCUACCACUCGAAUCCUCCUCACCUCCCCUACCUCCUCCUCCGUCCCCCUCCGAUCGCUACCCAGUCCCUCCACUCCUGCCUUCCCUUCCUCCCUCUCGGGGGGCAGUUCUGGGUCAGCAGCGCUGCAGGUGCCACCAGCACAGCGGCUGCUGCAGGAGGGGGGGUUAAUGCAGAGCGUGUACAGAGAAAUGGUGGCGACACAGCAGCGGGUGGUGGAGUUGGAGCAAGAGGUGCAUAGACUGGACGAGCAGAAGAAGCUGGAGCACGCUCGCCUGCGUGGCUUAUUGGGGGAAUGGAGCGCCCAUGCUGAGUUGACUUUUGAGUCGACUCAACAGUCAACCAAUGCCUCCCUUUGCGUCCCCAUCCGCCCAUCCACCCACAUCCUGCAGUAUAUUCAGGAGCACGCUCGCCUGCGCGGCUUACUGGGGGAAUGGAGCGCCCAUGCUGCCAGGCUAGAAGCUGCCCUGUACCACUCACAGGUCCAUGCACAGAGAGAGGUGGAGAGGGAAGGGCGGAGAGGGGGCACGGGGAGGGUGGGGACAAGCGACAGGCAGAGAGGAGGGCAGACAGGUGGAGGGAGAGUGGGAGGAGAGAGUGGGUCACAGGCACGAGCGCAGGCACAGGCACAUGCAGGGGGGGCGGCGGGGGGAACGGCAGGGGGAGCAGCAAGGGGAGCAGCAGGGGCAACAGCAGGGGGAACGGCAGGGGGAGCGGCAAGGGGAGCGGUAGGGGUAGCAGCAGGGGGAGGGGCAGAUGGUGAGGCGGAUGGGCAAGGGGAGGGGAUUAUGGAUGGGGGAGAGAACGGGCAGGUGAACGGGCAGGUGCAGGAGGGGAGGCAGGCCGAGGGAGUGGGAGAGGGGGAGAGGAGGGACAGACGGGAUUUGGAUUAG